GAUGGUGUUUUUUAUGUCGUAUCCGCCGACUCGACGGCAGUUAAUGGUGUCGGUGAGCUUUUUUGCGGCGGGGGUUUCUCUCUUCGUUGCCGGAGCAUAUCUCUCACUCGCCAACAUCGCACCGCAACAAGCUCGCGUCAAGGAUCGGAAUAAAUUUGUCAAGGAUCGAAUCAGGAAAUGGCUCGACGAUUAGAGCUCAAAAAUCGGUUUUUAUUUUGAUUAUUAGUGUUUUUUUGGAGUCGUUGAGGAUAUAGGUUUACCAGAAUCUCAAAUGAUCAGAUCGGAAAGACAAGUUCGUGUAAACUCAUGUUCUUACAUGUCUGGAUCAUUACCAGUUCAAAUUCAUGUUUUUAUGUCACUUACAUAUGAGAAUCAUCACUCUUGACAAAACGAGCGAACAGAGAAAGUGUAGAUGUGAAAUGUCUUUAGAUUCUGUUAUCUCUGGCGCUGAAAUGUGAAUAAAAAUGUCCGAAUCAUGUUACCA